AUGUACUGUCUUUUCGGAUUAUUUUUUGUCCAUACAGUCUUGAGCUCUACUAUUUCUAUUUCAUGGCAGAAUCACCACUCUCAAACAGACAUUGAACGUAUAAUCGGAAGAGUUGUUGAGAGAUGCCCUGAUAUUUCUUAUGCUUACUAUUUAACAACAGGUCGUACUACCACAACACAAAAUGGAAACAGACUGUUUGUGAUAGCUUUUGGGAGACAUGCUAACGCUUCUGAGAGAGAGUUUAAGUAUAUUGCAAACAUGCAUGGAGACGAAGUUGUUGGAAGAGAACUGUUAAUACGGUUGGCCGUCUACCUCUGUGAUGAGUUUAUCUCACAAAAUGCAUUCAUUCACAGACUAGUUAACCGAACGAGAAUCCAUAUUUUACCGUCAAUGAACCCGGACGGUUGGGAAAUCGCCGCAUCUAACAAAGAUUUUCACGAAUUCGGAAGAGGCAAUUCAAAGAGAGUGGACCUUAACAGGGACUUUCCAGACUUGGCGAAAAAGUUUUAUCGCAAUCUACGUAAUGGUGGACCCUUGGACCAUUUACAACCUGAUGAAAUCGAUGUGGAGAAGGUAAACUUAGAUGAUGUAAAAAUGAAAUUUCUAUGCGCCCAGAUUUUCAAAAGUCCUUCAGACUUUUUAGAUAGGGUUUUAUACUACGUGGCGAUAUAA